GAUCUUCGGCUUCGUGUGAAGUAUGUGCCUAGUGAUUUGUGAGUAAGUUUCGCUUGUUGCCAGCACGAUCGGUCCAUAACGGGAGCGGCGUAACUAGUGGCAAACAUAUCCUACACGACGCCAUAUCAUAACCACCAAGUGCAAUUCAUCUACCAUUGGGGCCAAAGAUUAACAUAAAACAUCGUUAAACGCCGUCCAAUAGUCCAUAGUAGUGUACCGUUGUAAUAUUUCUGGAAAGCGAAAGCGGAUACAUUGACCACUCGCCUCAAUAUGGGCGAAUCGAGCAAGGUGCAGCAACAGCAGCAGGAUAAAACCAGACAACAAAAUGAACGACGAAUACGAGCCAACGACAGAGAAUACAAUACACAAUUCAAAUAUGCUAACAACUACAUCAAAACGUCCAAAUAUUCGAUAUUAACAUUUUUGCCUUUGAACCUGCUGGAGCAGUUCCAACGUCUUGCCAACUUUUACUUUCUGUGUCUACUAAUCCUCCAGCUGAUACCGGCGAUCUCGUCACUGACGCCCGUCACCACCGCGAUCCCGUUGAUCGGUGUGCUCAUGCUAACUGCCAUCAAGGAUGCCUACGACGAUUUCCAAAGACACAUGUCCGACUCGCAAGUUAACAACCGACGGUCGAAAACGCUCCGCCACGGGAAGCUGGUCGAUGAGCGGUGGUCCGGCGUACAGGUCGGUGACAUUAUCCGGAUGGAUAACGACCAGUUCGUGGCGGCCGACAUACUGCUGCUGUCGUCCAGCGAACCGAACGGGCUGUGCUUUAUCGAGACGGCCGAACUGGACGGGGAGACGAAUCUCAAGAUCAAACAGUGCCUGCCCGAGACGGCCGCGAUGGGCCAGCAGGAGGAUCUGCUGUGGAAGUUUAACGGUGAGAUUGUGUGCGAACCACCGAACAACCUGCUGAACAAGUUCGAGGGUACGCUCACGUGGAAGAACCAACGCUACCCGCUCGACAACGAUAAGAUCCUGCUGCGCGGUUGCAUCAUCCGCAACACGCAGUGGUGCUACGGUGUCGUCAUUUUCGCCGGCAAGGACACGAAGCUGAUGCAGAACUCGGGCAAGACCAAAUUCAAACGGACGACCAUCGAUAGGCUAUUAAAUUUUAUAAUCAUAGGAAUAGUGUUCUUUCUCCUAUCGAUAUGCGGUUUCUGCACGAUUGCAUCCGCAAUAUGGGAGGCAUUAGUAGGAUACAAAUUUCAAAUUUAUCUGCCAUGGGAAAGGAUAAUCCCGAAGGAUUACCUGCAGGGUGCAAUCAGUAUCGGGGGUCUAGUCUUUUUUUCCUACGCAAUCGUACUGAACACAGUGGUGCCAAUAUCUUUAUACGUGUCGGUAGAGGUGAUCCGUUUCGCGCAAUCCUUCCUUAUUAACUGGGACGAAAAGAUGUACUAUGAGAAGACGAAAACCCACGCCAAAGCACGAACCACGACGCUGAACGAGGAGCUGGGCCAGAUACAGUACAUCUUCUCGGACAAAACGGGAACCUUGACGCAGAACAUUAUGACGUUCAACAAAUGCAGCAUUGCCGGUCGUGCCUAUGGCGAUGUGGUUGAUAUGCGUACGGGCGAAACAGUCGAGCUGUCGGAGCCUACAUUCAACAGUAACACAUCGCUUUUGUUAAACGCUGAAGAGCCGCCAGGUCGCAGCACACCACAGCCCACCACCGAACAACCCGUUCAGACUAAAAGCCCCACAAACAAAAAGCAUCCACCUUCACUACAUGUUAGAUUCAGUCAGCACAGUAAUGCCCAAGAAAUGCAGACGUCCAUAUCCACUAAGCAAGCCACACCACAAACCCAUAUCCCGGCGCAGUCAACUACCGAUGUACCACCAAGUGGGAACAAUACGCAAGAAGGACUGCAUGUGAUGGAGUCGGUUGACUUUUCCUUCAAUCCCGAGUACGAACCCGAGUUCCGGUGGUACGACCAGGGCCUGCUCGAUGCGGUCCGCGCGGGCGAGGAGCACGCGCAUAACUUUUUUCGAUUACUUGCACUAUGCCAUACCGUGAUGGCGGAGGAGAAAAAUGGCAAGUUAGAUUAUCAAGCACAAAGUCCUGACGAGGCGGCCCUCGUAUCGGCGGCGCGAAAUUUUGGAUUUGUUUUUAAAUCACGAGCACCGAAUAGUAUAACAAUAGAGGUCAUGGGACGAACAGAGGAAUAUGAACUGUUAAGUAUAUUAGAUUUUAAUAACGUUAGAAAACGAAUGUCGGUCGUGUUGCGUCGCAACAACACCAUCAUACUGUACUGUAAGGGUGCCGAUAGUGUGAUAUACGAUAGGCUAGGACCGAACCAACAUGACCUAAAGGCACGUACGCAGGAACAUUUAAAUAAAUUUGCCGGCGAAGGUUUGCGUACGCUGGUGCUUGCCGAAAGGCGACUGACGAAGGAGUUCUACGAGUCCUGGCUGGUGCGACAGAGAGAAGCUGCCUUAUCUUUAGACGGUAGAGAGGAUAAGUUAGGUGCAAUCUACGAGGAGAUCGAAUGUGAUAUGCAGCUGGUCGGUGUGACGGCUAUAGAGGAUAAGCUACAGGACGGUGUCCCCCAGACGAUCGCCAAUCUACAGCUGGCCGGCAUAAAGAUUUGGGUUCUUACUGGUGACAAGCAAGAAACUGCAAUAAAUAUAGGAUAUUCCUGUCAGCUGCUAACGGACGAUAUGGUGGACGUGUUUGUGAUCGACGGCAUUACCAAGAGUGAGGUGGAGCAGCAGCUGCGCAAGUACAUGGACUCGUUGCGCAUCGUGAACACCUACCAUCCAGCUAAUGUGCAAAAAGCCAACAACAUGCACUCGCAAACGGUCGGCAGCAGUGAAACGAGUGCGGUGACGGCCAACGGUGCGCACAGCAGCAGUUCGGGACCGAUGGUCGACAUACAGAACACCUCGCCGCCGUCCGUGUCGGUGGUGACGUUUAGGUGGGAUAAUAGACAUAAAUAUACAAGCAUAGGAGGAAGCGAGGAGGCACCGGACAGUGUAAAUUGUAGCAACUAUUCCGAGGGCUUUGAGAAAGGCGAACCGACGCUAACGGAUAUAGACGAGAACACGGGUGUCGCGCUGGUCAUUAAUGGGCACUCGCUCGUACACUGUUUAACGUCCGAGCUGGAAAGCAAAUUCCUCGAGAUCGCCUCCCACUGUAAGGCGGUGAUCUGCUGUCGGGUAACGCCGCUACAGAAAGCGAUGGUCGUGGAGCUGAUCAAGCGUGCGAAGAAUGCGGUCACCCUAGCCAUCGGUGACGGUGCUAAUGAUGUGUCAAUGAUUAAAGCGGCACACAUUGGCGUGGGCAUCUCGGGCCAGGAAGGUAUGCAGGCCGUGCUGGCCAGCGACUACUCGAUCGCUCAGUUCAAAUUUCUCGAAAGACUGCUGCUGGUACAUGGCCGCUGGUCGUACUAUCGCAUGUGUAAAUUUUUGCGCUACUUUUUCUACAAAAACUUUGCAUUCACAUUGUGCCAUUUUUGGUAUGCAUUUUUUUGCGGCUUCAGUGCUCAAACCGUUUUCGAUCCGAUGUUUAUAUCAGUGUACAAUCUAUUCUAUACAUCGUUGCCGGUGCUGGCGCUCGGCAUCUUCGAGCAGGACGUGUCGGACAAGAGCAGCGUCGAUUAUCCGAAGCUGUACGCACCGGGCAUUACCAACGCACUGUUCAACACGACCGAGUUCAUACGCAGUGUGCUGCACGGUAUCUUCAGUUCGCUGAUAUUGUUUCUCAUUCCGUACGGUACGUAUAAGGAUGGUAUCUCCCCGGAUGGAUAUGUGCUUAACGAUCACAUGCUGCUCGGUUCGGUAGUGGCCACUAUACUCAUCCUGGACAAUACAGCGCAGAUCGCACUGGACACAUCGUACUGGACCGUUUUCAAUCACAUCAUGAUCUGGGGCAGCCUGCUGUGGUACUUCUUUUUGGACUACUUUUACAACUACGUUAUCGGUGGUCCUUACGUUGGUUCGCUGACGCAAGCAAUGAAGGAAGCGACAUUUUGGUUCACGACAGUGCUGACCGUGAUAGUGCUGAUGAUACCGGUGCUCGCCUCACGCUUCUACUUUGUCGACGUAUUCCCCAGCUUGCCCGAUAAGAUUCGUGUACAGCAACGAUUAGCUCUACUGCGUUCCCGUCAGAGCAGUGACGUGCUAAGGACACCGUCCGCUCGAAAGGCUCGAAGAUCGUUACGUUCCGGAUAUGCUUUUGCCCACCAGGAAGGAUUUGGUCGGCUUAUUACGUCGGGCAAAAUUAUGCGCAAACUGCCACAGGACUUUGCCUUCCCGUUGGGGCUGGGCAGCAAGAAGCAACAAUCAACCGAAUCGACCAAGAACAAUAACAAUAACAACAGCAGCAACAAUGCUAACAACGUUACGAAUGCGCCCAACGGUGCCGGGAGCGUAACCCGAACCGGAACGAACACAACCGCAACGACACUGUCGGCGAUGGCUGCGGGUAGUGCGGCGGCGGCUGCUAACGGCAAUCAGCUGGUAAACCUGCCCGGCAGCUCAAACGGUGACCAUAGUCCACGGGCACCCUGUCAGGAUCUGGAUACGAUUAAUCUGUAGAAUGCAUACGCGAUUCCGCCCCUCCCAUUCCAUCGCGAGUCCCCCAAAACGAAACCAAAAAAAAACCUUACAAAGAAAAAGCACUCGCUCGUGUACGGUUUUCCCCAAUGCAUUGGCAGACGAACCGUGUUUUUGCUAAGCCAAAAACAUACCCAUUCGGAAAAAAAAGUGUUCAGCAUAGUGAUAAAAGUUCACUGGAUGUAAAGUUAACCAUGUGGGGCAACAUAUUUAUCGUUUUCUGCCCUAUCGCACUUGAACGUUUGGGCACGUUCCCCAACAUGUUUGCAAAGAGAGGGAAUGAGCACCUUUUGUCAUUUGUGCGUAUGCAUUAAAACUGUUUGGCCAAAAGUUUGCUUGCAUUCUGGCAGAAUGGAUGGUGAGCCAUCCGGCACCGUACCAAAUAAUCGCGUUCCAGUACCAGACUCACGCGCGCACCAUGCAACGUUUGAGAUGUGUAAGAAGAUAAGUUGACAAAUAACAAUAAAUGCAGUCGAGUAUUUUGAACCCGUAAGGGCGAGUUAAUGCGUUAGUAGCUUGUACAAUUUAAAAAAAAACACUACCGUAUUAUAAGAAAAGAGGUACGCUUUAGUGAUAAGUCGAUACAAGAGAGAACAAAAUACAACAAAUCAGAUCGCCAAGCGACACAAUGCCUCACGUUUAAUUUUUCAUAUACUGUUUCGCAUCCGUUAUUCGAAUCUCCAUAGAAGGGUGAAAGCGACUCAUUCAUAUACUUAGCAGAUAUAGACGAAGCGCCCGAAAUCCGGUAGCGAAGAAGAAGCAGCAAGGCAACAUUUAGCAUUAUUACGAACUUAUUGUGAUUGUCCUGUGAAUACAUAUGUCGAUAAAUAUAUUGUGACAGUGGCAAGACAGCUUACUUAUGAUGGAAGAGGAAACAAACAAACAAACAAAAAGAUAAUAGCUUCUGGUAUCGGUUUAACAAUGAUAUCAACAUGCAACAUGUAAAUAAUGUUACGUCUUGGGUAAAAGAAAUGCGAAACACGUUACGAUAUGCGGUAGAGAAGAAAUAGAACAGCCUAGAUAUGCUAAAAGAAGAGAAAACAAAACAAAAGCCAAUGCAGAUAAAUGUUGUGAUGAAAGAAAUCGACUUAAAGGUAGCAAAACGAUUAAGGAUGCAUAAAACACACACAAGUAUAAACCAACAAAACAGUUCCAAGUGGUCCAAGCGAAGAGUGGACUGUAAGAAACAAGUAAAAUAAACAAUGACCAUUUGGUGCAGAGGAUAUAGGGAAGCGAGUGUAUAAAUGGUUUGUACAUACUUUGGACACAGAAAGAUAACAGUUAAAGACGGCAAACAGCAGCAAACGAAAUUGGAAUGCAAUCAUGCUUUCAAACGCUUUAAAACAACGGCUUUCGGGCGACCCAGCAAUCGGCACGCUGGUGUAAGAAAGGAUGCUGCUGCUGAUUGUACGCGUGAUUUACAUGGGAACAGGAUUGUAGUUUAUUACCUGCUGUAUUGUAAAACUGUUUUACGUUUGCUAGCGAUCGUGAAAGGGUAGUUACCGUUUUAUUGCAUGUAUUUUUGUAACGUAUGCUGUCUGCUUGCUGUAUCAGUCGGUCGUGGACGCUCUCGGCCAACAGAAUGGGUAUUAUUUUUACACCACUUUAGUGUAGCUGUCUGUUUAAGCUGUUUACUGUUGAUAAACGUCAUCGGUUUUCACUGUUAGUUUAGCCUUAGUUUUUUGUUUACAUAAACAGCACUUGUUGUUCCGUUCGUUAUGUUACAUUUUUUUCGAAGAAAGAUUGUUCCUAGCUCCCCACUUAAACUUAACCUUACUUUCUAUAAAGGCCCAAAGACAGAGAAAGUCCCAAAAAAUCAUUCACUGUUUAUAGUUAUGUACAAAGUUAGGAGGCUAAGAGCAUCUAAUGCAAGCGACUAAGUGUUAAGUAGGUAAGCCAAGUAGCAGCGCGGCACGAAGAACUUGGUGGAUUGGACCGAAAAACGAACCAAACGGUCAUUGAUUGGUUCCGAAGGUUCCGUUUUAAUUGCAUUCCUAAAAAUCUUACAGACAAACACAUCUACACAUGCAGAACAAAACAAAGCUAAAAUACGCCACUGUGUUACGCGAUCCCAGCAAACCCCGUGUACGACGAAUGUGUCUAAGCAGCGGAGGAUGUGAAUAAAAACGGAAAACCCUUGUCACAACCAUUAAUGAAUUAGCACUCUUGUCAGAUGAUUUAACAAACGAUUCCAAUUUUGUUUUCCAGUACAUUACCAUUUAUUGAAAACUGAUCCUGUCCGAAACCGGUUGGAACCGAAAUUGUAAAAAAUAUAUAUAUAGUAAUACUCUAAAAUAUCG